GCUGAGUCUGCCGAGCGACUGAGACAGGGACGCGGGACCGGGCGAGGGCCGGGAGGAGACCCGGGAGCUGCGAGUGCGAGGGCGGAGGGCGAGCCGGGCGAGAGCGCGGAGCCAGGCAGGGGCACAGGCGAGCCCGGAGGGCGAGCGGCGAGCCCGGGGCGCACGAGCCCGGCCGAGCCCAGCGCGGCUGCCACCUGGGCCGGGCGCGGGAACCGCUCUGCGCCUCCGCCCCUGCCCUGACCCUUCCUCCUCCUCCCCGUGCUCCCCGCCGUUCUUGCCCCCCGAGCCCCCUGGCCGCCCGGCGGCUAGAACAGCGCGCGGGCGCGGAGCGGGGUCGCAGCCUGAGAGCCCGGGGCGCGCCCGCCAUGGACCCCAAGGACCGCAAGAAGAUCCAGUUCUCCGUGCCCGCGCCCCCCAGCCAGCUCGACCCCCGCCAGGUGGAGAUGAUCCGGCGCCGGAGGCCAACUCCUGCCAUGCUGUUCCGGCUCUCGGAGCACUCCUCACCAGAGGAGGAGGCCUCCCCACACCAGAGAGCUUCUGGAGAGGGACACCACCUCAAGUCCAAGAGACCCAACCCCUGUGCCUACACACCACCCUCGCUGAAAGCCGUGCAGCGCAUCGCAGAGUCCCACCUGCAGACCAUCAGCAACCUGAGCGAGGGCCAGGGCUCGGAGGAGGAGGAUGAGUUGGGGGAGCUGCGGGAGCUGGGGUACCCAAGGGAGGACGACGAGGAUGAGGAUGAGGACGAGGAGGAAGACGAGGAAGAGGACAGCCAGGCUGAAGUCCUGAAGGGCAUCAAGGGCUCUGCAGGGCAGAAGGUAACCUGUGGCCAGGGCCUGGAGGGGCCCUGGGAGCGCCCGCCCCCUCUGGAUGAUCCCCAGAGAGAUGGCAGCUCUGAGGACCAAGGCCCAGCACUCACUGAGCAAGGGGAGGAACCCCAGCGUCCUGGCCCCCCGGAGCCUGGCACCUAAGUGCCCAGUUCUGCGUCUUCCAGGAGGAAGUGGAAGGGGCCCCCCUGUGCCCCAGAAAGCCACUCUGUCCCUGCCCUACCUGGUGCCCCUUCCCUCCCCUGCUAGGGCUGCAACUUCUAGAAGACUAAGGCUGGUCUGUGUUUGCUUCUUUGCCCACCUUUGGCUGAUGCCCAGAAUCCCGGGUGCCCGUCCCUGCCAGUCCUUCCUCCAUUCACCCGACGGGAGGUGAGGUGGGAGAGAGCCCACGUUGGAAAAAUCAGGAAACAGAAACAAGGAUUUCCUUUCCACAGUUCUACUCCCCAGAUCCUCUCCCCUGGGCACAGGAGACCCACAGGGCAGGACCCUAAGAUCUGGGGAAGGAGAACCUGCGGGUGCCCGUCUAUCCUCUUCGCCCUCUCUCCGCGGGACUCAGAGUCACCACCCCUCACCGGCGUCUGCCAGACCCCAGGAUCCAGUCAGAGCCUUCUGCACACACGCCUCCACGUUUGGAGAUCUCUGAUCACCCCUCUCCCCCUGCGUGCCUGGAAGACGGACUGGCAGGGGCCGCUUCGUUGCGUUUCGUUUCUGCUUUGAUGCCGGGAAUGCCGCCUAGUACACGUCCUUAGACGGGAUCUGGGGCGGGGGAACCUGGUGCUCCUGGUCCCCCCGCCCCCGCUACUCCGUCCCCUUCCCUUUCUCCCCCGAUCCCAGGCCUGAAUUCCUCCAGUGGUGUAAUAAAUCUUUGUAAAUAACUGCCGAGACCUCUCUUUCAGGGGAGGGAGGAGAAGCGGGGCUGAUGGGGGUCCUGAUGGGC